AUGAUAGAAUCAAAAAGUGAAAUCGAAACGUCUAAGAUUAGCUGAUUUUAUGAUGAUUCUUCAGAUCUAGUAGAAAUUAAUCUAGAAACUUUCGAUAAAACCAUUCACAGAUUUCUUCUUCCUGAAAAUAAUAUUGACGAAAGAAUUUCUAUUUGCCAAUUGCCUGAUAAUAAGCUAUUUUGCUAUGGGAACACAAUAGGAUGGGCAGAUUUGAGUGGAAUUACUUUUAUUAUCAAUGAAAAUUAUGAAGUUCAAGUUCUUCCUACAGGGACACCAAGCCUUGGAUGCUUUGGAACUUAUUAUAAAGAUUGUGUUUAUAUUUUUGGAUGCGAAUUCGUUGAGAGAUUUAAUCUAAUUAGAGAAUGCAUUUCUAUUUGCCCUUUGCCAGAAAAAUAAGCUAUUUUGCUUUGGAGUUAACAAUGAGAUAUUUACCCAAGUAUUUCUUUGAGAAUGGAUUAUUUAUCAAAUAAAAUCAUAA